UUCCGUAUCAGUCCUCCUCUGACUCUCUCACCGCUCUCUGUCUCUGACUCGCAGGGAAACUCGGACUUUUAUACCGAGGCUAAAUUUAGGGGGCUGUCCGGUGCGCAGCGUCCCCAUCCUAGACGCGCUUCCUUCCCCUCGCCUCGCAUUGGUCUGAUUUGUCCUGCGAACAUUAUUUAUAAGAAAAGCUGCUGCUUCAAGACGCACCGCUGCACAUGAGUGGAGAGCAGCUCACCGGACCGCAGGAGAAGCAACGUAGACGCGUUUACUGGAGACUCAGCGGACUCUGCUGAUUUCUUUCAACAACAUUUUUUAUAUAUAACGAUUAUUGACUUUCUACUUUUUUCAAACAACGUAUGGAAAUGGCCUUGCAUGGGACCAUUCUACCAUCAAUCUCCACAUUUGCCAACCAAAAGGAGAAAUGUUGGGAAGAUAGGUGGAAGAGUGACAUGAGCGGAGUUUCGCUCAACAUGGACAGCAGCUUCCUCAGCAUAAAAGACGAAGAGGACCUGGAUAAGUUCUUGGAUAUUGAGUUUAUUCUGGCUAACACAGCAGAGUCCGGGCUGUCUGUAUAUCAGCAGCAGCACACCGGGAUGCCCCAGCAGCAGAACACCUACACCUCUGCCCCAGACAUGAGCAGCCCCCCUCCUCCAUACAACAGCCUGAUGGCGGAGCUCCUUCGCUCCGAUGUAGACACCAGCUUCCUCCCCGGGGACAGCCCCAGCAUCCAGGGCAGAUUCCUGAUCAGCUCUGCGCCUUUCCCCAACACUCAGGACUUAUUCCCCGAGCAUCUGAACAUUAAAGUGGAGCCCGACUCCAUGGACACGUACGGACCUGCCAUGGGUAUGGUGCCUCAGAGCUGCACCAAAGUCAAGCUCGAGGGGAACGCCUCCUGCAUGAUGUCCUACGAGCAGCAGCCGCGGCUGGCCACCUCUCCGCAGGCCGCGCUGGGCAGCAUGACGCCGCCUCUGAGCCCGGACGACCUGAUGAGCUCCGAGAGCCACCAGACCCACAUGUGCAACUCCACCUUCCCGCAGAGCUUCCACCCGCACCACCGCUGCGCGUCAGGGGGAUUCCCUCACCCGCACAGGGGGAUGCAGCUCCCUUUCCCCGUGGCGCACCACCAUCCCCAGUUCCCCGGCAUGUUCUGUGAGGACGCAGCUUUGGGCAUGCAGCAGCAGCCGGCGGCCGGUCAGCGCGUCCUGCUCACUCCUCCGUCCUCCCCGUUGGAGAUGAUGGACACCAAGCCGAAGAGGGGUCGUCGGUCCUGGCCGAGGAAACGGACCGCAACACACACCUGCACUUUCGCCGGCUGUGGGAAGACCUACACCAAGAGCUCCCACCUGAAGGCGCACCUCAGGACGCACACAGGGGAGAAACCAUACCACUGCAGCUGGGAGGGUUGCGGCUGGAAGUUCGCUCGUUCCGAUGAGCUCACGCGUCACUUCCGGAAGCAUACCGGACACCGCCCCUUCCAGUGUCACCUGUGUGAACGCGCAUUCUCCAGGUCCGACCACCUCGCGCUGCACAUGAAGAGGCACAUGUGAGGAAACAUAUCACAGACAAGGACAUCUAUGCACCGCAUCGAGACAGAGAAAAUGAACUAUGAUGAUCCUACAGAAGGAUGAUGUGCAAAUAUAUCAACUAUAGUGAAACCAUGACAGCAUUAACUGCCAUACAGUACGAUGAGGCCACUAUUGACUACACUGUAACACCUAUAUGUAUAUUAUAGGACUAUUAUAGUGAUUUUUCUUAGGGGCAAAGGAACAUAAAGAUGCUCUCAAAUUAUAUUUUGUGAAAAGAUUUAUUUAAAUGUUAUUUUUGAGAGAAAUGACUUACAAACCUCAAACCAAAGAGGAAAUACAGCCAGAUAUGACAGAAACAGAUACAUUCUGUUCGGACCAAAGCUUAUUUUUUUUUCUUUAAACUAGGUAGCUGGUACUACUUUUUUCUAUGUUUAUACAGACAAAUGAAAGGGACAUUUCACUCAACAUGUCAGGAACAUGCCACUGAAGCAACUGGAAGCAGACAAUCCUUUAAAGAGCAAUAAUCUUUUUUAGAUUUCUACCUUAAGUGCCUUUAUUACACUUCUCACGUGUGCCAUAUUCUCCACUGGCUAAAAGAUGAUAGUUUUAUCAUGGAAAAAGCCUCAAAUGAAUGAAUGAAAUGUAACUAAGUGUAAACAGCACUUGAAUACGCCUUGAGACAAUGUUUUUUUCUAAAACUGCCUUCCAUGUUGUCCUCCUCCCAAAGGCCUGACUUCCUAUGUCAUGUCUGUGAUUGUGUCUGUUGUCUGCUAGCUUUAAGAUUCCUACAGAAGUGCAUGACAUCUCAACGCCACCUCAUUGACAAAGUACAACACAGUCUCUGGCAAAGAGACCUGUUUGUUUGUGUCUUGAAGAACUGUUCAGAACUGAACUGCCUUGUAAAUUGAUUUUUUUAUAUUGUGUAAAUAGUUUAUUUUAAUGUACAAAUUAAACUAAAUGAACAUGA